GGCCAUUGCAACCUACAUUUACUGUGCAUUCGGCCCAGACAAGUGCUAUUUAAUGUCUCAUUUCGUUCGUCCUAUUUUCCUCAAUCACUCUUGUAAUCAAUGCGCGCUUUCUUUCGUACUCUUCUACGGCGACAUUCGGCUCGGCCAACCAAAGAUUCCAAUCAGAAAUCCUCCCCAACACAGACACGAGUGAUGUCGGGCGGUAUGACGGCAACGGCAUUGUACGCCUGUACAAUGACCAGUCCCACAGCUUUAGAAGCUGUGCCAGAGGAUGCAGAAGCAAAGGCGCAUCAUGUGAAAGGUGGGAAAGGUUUCAUCAACCCAUGGGAUUCUUGGCGUGACUUCACUCCAGCCGGGAUAAUGAAAGCUAUGAUCUGGCGGAGAUUAACAGGAAGCCUGAAAUUCCCCGACACCACCCCUCCAACCGUAACAGUAAUCGAACCCACCUUCCUGCCCUCCCGAACAGCAUCAGAUUCCCUACGAGCGACAUGGCUCGGCCAUGCCUGCUACUACGUCGAGUUCCCCUCCGGCCUCCGCGUCCUCUUCGACCCUGUCUUCGAAGACCGCUGCAGCCCCUUCUCCUUCAUGGGACCAAAACGGUACACGCAACCGCCCUGCCACAUCAAAGACCUCCCCAUCGUCGACCUAGUCGUGAUCUCGCAUUCGCACUACGACCACCUCUCGCACCCGACCGUCCUCGAGCUACACAAAGCACAUCCAAAUGCCACUUUCCUCGUCGGUCUGGGGCUUAAGAAAUGGUUCCACGACUCCGGGAUCGAGAAUGUGGAGGAAUUGGAUUGGUGGCAGGAUGUCGAUAUUACGUUAUCGCCUAGUACGGGUGUGAAGAGGAUCUCAGAUGCAUCCUCCACUGGUCCAUCAGCAAAAGGGUCGGAUAUAACGGCUCGGAUAUCCUGCCUUCCGUGCCAACACAUCUCAGCACGCAGCGCCUUCGACAAAGCUCACACAUUAUGGGCUUCCUGGGCUGUGACCUCAGGAGGCAAGUCAGUGUGGUUCGGAGGGGACACAGGAUACCGCGCGGUCCCUGAACUGCCUAAAGAGGUAGACGAUUACGGAGAUGAAUACGCGCAUCUGCCCCACUGUCCUGCGUUUAAGCAGAUCGGAGAUCUGAGGGGACCUUUUGAUUUGGGAUUGAUACCGAUUGGUGCUUAUGAUCCGAGAUAUAUCAUGAGUCCCAUGCAUGCGAAUCCGUUUGAUAGCGUGAAUAUCUUCGUGGAUACGAAGUGUAAGAGAGCGAUGGGAAUCCAUUGGGGAACUUGGGUGCUUACUACUGAGGAUGUAUUGGAGCCACCGCAAUUGCUAAAGAAAGCAAUGGCGAAGAAGGGACUUCCUGAGACUGGCGUUUUUGAUGUUUGUGAUAUUGGAGAGAGCAAGGAGUUUUGAGGGCUCUCUAUGGCGUUUUUGAGAGCAAGGUUAUGACCUAGAUAUUGUAACAAUUAGACCCCACUCAUCUUGGAAUGAUGAUAGGUAGCUUAAUCACAAUUUAUGAACUGGAACUAAAGUAGACGUGCAAAUGAAGUGUUCUUUCCUACGGAGUACAAACGGAUGAGUUGACCGCUAUGUGAUCUUUCCACCCUGUUUUACAAGCUCCAUCCCUUUCCACCCGCGUACAUGACAAGAGAAUGUUUUACUUUUGUAGAACGAAAUUCAGCUAGGAGUUUACUGAAGAAAGGAAAGUCAUUAUCCACAUCACAACCGUUGGGAUCCGACGGCGAAGAUGCUUUUGGCCUUUUAUGCAGAAAUGCACCGUGAAUGAUAAUACCGGAACGUAUUAUAGCCGCUCUAA